AUGAUAAAAGAAACCAAUUUAAAUCAAGUCACUGAAAUCAAGAGUUUGAAAAAGUUCCAAGAGGUACUGAAUCAAAAGGGAAUAGUUGUAUUGGAUUUUUUUUCGCCCACCUGUAAACCAUGUGAAAUAAUUCUCCCUUUGUAUUCUAAAUUGGCUGAAAAGUAUGAUGGAGUUGGAUUUUACAAAAUCAACGGAUGUGAAAAUCAAGGAGUCUUUAUGCAAAGCUCUCUUGAUGUUGUUUGGUGGCCCACUUUAGUCAUUCUAAAGGAUUCAAAGGAAGUAUGGAGGGGAAAAAUUCCCAAUCCUCCACUUCAGCAUCCAAUGAAAGAGUUGGAGUUAGCACUUACUAAAGAAUUGAAUAUAAGAAAUGAAGCGUUGGAAUAA